AAAGGAAUAAGUGAUUAAAUAGAAAUGAUUAUUUCAAGCAAUAGAAAAUUAAGUAAUGAAGUUAAAUAAAAAAUGGAUAAUCUAUCAUAAGACAUAAAUAAUACUAAAAAAGAUAAUCCAAAUAGUAAUGAUUUGUAAAUUAAAGAAUAACUUUAUAAAUCAAUUGCUUUUUCAGUUAAAUAAAUAUUAGAAGAAUGUUAAAAUUCAUAGUUAGAUUAUAAAAAUAAUUUGAAAUCAAAGACUACUAGACAAACGAAAUAUUUAGAUGCAAAUUUAACAGAAUAAUAAUUAAAUGAUAUUUGUGAAGAUCCAGAAAAAGUUACAUAAUUAUUUUAAUAAAAAUUAUUUAAUGCGCCUAGUAUUUAAUUAUAAAAUGCUGUAUCUGAUAUUUAAGAUAAAUUUAAAGAUAUUUUGAAAUUAGAAAAAAGUGUUUAAGAAUUACACUAAUUAUUAUCAGAUAUUGCCAUUUUAGUUCACUAAUAAGGUGAAAUGAUAGAUGAUAUUGAAUUAAAUGUAAAUUCUACUAAAAAGAACGUAGAUAAAGCUAAUUAACAUUUAAAGAAAGCAAAAGAGCAUCAUUUAUCGGCUAAAAAAAAAUAUUGCUGUUUAAUGAUUAUUGGAAUGGUUAUUAUUGUUAUUAUAUUAUCUACUACAUUAUCCUGA